GGGACUUUAAUUUUGAAAGCCGCCUGGUAUAAGACUGCCUGAUCAAAAUAAAACCAAAACAGAAAAAUAAAUAAAUAACUAGUGUGUGGACUGUGAACUGGCGCGGAAAAUUUAGUAUUGUUUAGCACAGACCCGAGAAUGGAGACAUCAGCACAAGUAGAAACCUGUAUGAAGCAGAAGAACAACUACAAGAAAAAGCAGCAGGUCUACGGUGGGGACAUAGUGUUCACCAAGCAUGGAUCCCUUCAGACCAUACCCUCCCUGUCCAAACGGCUGAAAACGGUCACAGACCCAGUUAUUGGCUUACAGUAUGUAUGGGAGUAUCGCAGCCCCAGCAAGUCAGUCCCUCCUCAUUACCAGUGUAAACUGUGUAAGGUGCAGCAGCUACAGAAUGAAAUGGUGGCUCAUAUCACUGGAUGGAAGCACUGUUUCAGAUACAUGAAACACGCUCACCCAGAAAAAGUGUCCUACAAAGAAGAGGAAGUAAAACAGGAGCCAGAGACCAAAAGGGCAGUCAGAGUGAUCGCCGCUGAGGUGGAGAAAGCUGAGGGCAGGGGUCAAAUCAAGGUCAUCAUUAAGGAACCUGGUGAUGUACCAGCCUUUCAGAACAUGAAGUCCUCCAUUCCCAAUGCAGCCGGAGCAGGUGCUCCAAGUCUCCUUGGACCAAUCCCUAGAGGUUUUUACCCAGGUGGCCCUUUUGGUGGUGGUUUUUCACACCCACCUUACCCAGAAGAUCUUCCACCUCGGGGUGGCAUGAUGACAGAUUUUCCUCCUAACAUGCACGGCGGUCCAGGUCCGGACAUCCCUUUGAGUGGACUCUCCAAUUCUGGCCACUAUGGACCAGACAGGAUGAUGGGAGGUCCAGAGAGCAUGCAGAAUAUAUCCAACAACAGAUUCAUGCACAUGGGUUCAGACGGAUUUGGGAUGGAUCCACGAAGAGAGGAUAUGGGCAGACCGUACCUUGAUGAUCUGCCCAUGAAUGGCAGUGACAGAAUGAUGAGAUCUAAAGGCCCAGAGUCUAGCAGCACCCUUCCGAAUCUUCUCAGAUAUUUGGAUGAAUUCCGCAUCGAAUGUGAAGACGAUGCUCAGAUCGUGCUGAAGAUCACACAGAAGCUCACGGACGUCUUGAUGGAAUACCGCCUCAGGACCGUCAACUCGGGAUCUAGAAUGAAUUCUUCCCGUCUGCCUCCAUCCUCUGACAGGUUCUCCGACAAUAUGUCAGGUCCUUCAAGAUUCUAUAGUUAAACAGCCCAUGUGAUGCUCUCCUACAUAUUUUCAUUUUCUUUAUGUAGCGACUGUUUUAAUGUACCCUCCCCUCCUAAAAUAUUGGAACAGCAAGGCCAUUUUGGGGAGCUAUAAACUGAAGACAUUUGGGUUUGAGAUCGAAAGAUGAAUAUGGGGUGAUGGAUCAGAAUUUAUUUCAGCUUUCAUUCCCUGAUAUUUGCAAACAGUAGCGUUCCAUGCAAAAGUAUUGGAGCAGAUUGAAAAAUGGAUGGAUUCAGAUUUAUAAUAAUUUUGAUUAACACGUCUUCAUCAGGAAAUGAAGGUUUCUGAUCCAUCAUCUCAUAUUCAUCUUCUGAUUUCAAACUCUGAUGCCUUCAGUGUAUAGCAGCAAUAAUAAAUUAAUAACAGCCUUGCUGUUCCAGUUACUUAUCAGAGGGAAUUUACUGCCCAAUGCAAACCUUUUUGUGUUUUAAUUUUUUAAUUUAAACCAAAUUUCCUAGACUUAAAUAAGUCUCUGUUUGUAGUGUCUUUUUUGUUUUGCAGGACAUUCCUUUAAAAUACUUCAGGUUGCUUUAGGAUUAUUCCGAAAUUAGUUAUAGAUUAAUGAUCCUAAUGCUUAUAAGUUUGUUUGUAAGGACUACUAGAAAUGUUUCUUAUUGUAAAUUUAAUAAACAUGUAAAUAAUUGAGCACCAUGUGUAGUCAUUCGGGGCAAAGGCUUCAGGGUUUAAUGGAGUCUAACUCGGAGAAUAAGUGACCCCCCCUUCUCUCUGCUCGGGGUCUCCACAGUGGACCAUCCAAUCUGCACAUACACUAGAUUGCCAAAAGUUUUGGGGUACAAAUCAUGGAAUUCAGGGGUUCGACUUAGCCCCCUAGUUUCAGUGAAAGGAUCACAUUUUGGACAGAUUCAUGCUCCCAACUUUGUGGGAACAGUUUGGGUAUGACCCCUUCCUGUUCCAACAUGACUGCGCACCAGUGCACAAAGCAAGGUCCAUAAAGACAUGGAUGAGUGAGUUUGGCGUGGAGGAACUUGACUGGCCUGCACAGACCUCAACCCGAUAGAACACCUUUGGGAUGAAUUAGAGAGGAGACUGUGAGCCAGGCCUUCUCGUCCAACAUCAGUGCCUGACCUCACAAAUGCACUUCUAGAGAAAUGGUCAAAAAUUCCCAUAAACACACUCCUAAACCUUGUGGAAAGCCUUCCCAGAAGAGUUGAUGUUUCAUGUGCAUGUAAAAGCAGACGUCCCAGUUUUGGCCUGGCUCACAGUCUCCGUUCUGAAUUUUAUCCCGAAGGUAUUCUAUCGGGUUGAGGUCCAGACCUUGGACCUUGUUUUGUGCACUGGUGUUGGAACAGGAAGGAGCCACCCCUAACCUUUCCCACGAAGUUGGGAGCAUGAAAUUGUUCAAAAUGUCUUGGUAUGCUGAAGCAUUAGAAGUUCCUAAGAACUAAGGGGCCAAACCCAACCCCUGAAAAACAGCACCUGAUUUGCCACAGGUUUUUACACCUGAUGCCCACAGAGUUCACCCCUAAGUACCUGGGUUGGUUCCCUGCCCAGGAAUUGAACCCAGGGUGCAACAAACUGCUACUAUAACUUUAAUGUUGGCUUGUAAAAAUGUAUGGCAUUAUGUUUUAAACAUUCCAGUGCACUUUGUAAUAAUAGCCAUUGUGAUAAGAUCUAAAACAGUGGAACUAGGAAUCAAACUCCUGUAUGUCUAGGAAUAAUUGCACACAGCAGGGCAAAAGAUGCAUCGGUGAAUAGUUCUGUCCAAAACUAAGUGCAGAUCUGAACAGGGUCAAAUGCAUCAUGUGAGCUGCUUGAAUAUCACUGUGUCUUGAUGUGUCCUUGACUUCAUGGUGUCACUGAACAACAUAACGGAUUAUCAGCAAAUAAACCUAGCAUAAAAAAUAAAUUGUUGUGUGUAAUGAGUUAACAUUAAGAAUUUUUCUUAUAUUAAAUGUAUGGUUUGAAAGAAUAGACAUUUUAUUUUGAGAGCUGUAAAAGCGAAACGGAAGCGCAAUCUGGGAACCCUAGAAUGACUUUUAUUGUGAAAGCGAGAGAGAGCUCGAGCCUCCAGCAGCUACGCUUCCGGUUUUCGCAGCACAUUAGCUGUGAAUUAUUUUGAUUUUGUCGAAGACGACACGGAGAUUGGACAGAAUGGAGGGUUCACCACGAGGACAGACCUUUCAGCCAAAAAAGAAGAACGCCGGGAAG